UGAUUUCUCACUUUCAGUUCCCAUUUUUGCCUGCUGAAGUCGACGUUGCGUGUUUCUCUGUGAAGCAAUAGGAAAAACAUAACUUUUAUCACAAGCUGUAAAAGUCAAGACUCUGAUGCUGCCUUGUUUACAUGAUGGAUGGCUUUGUCAUUACGUCUGCAUCAGAGGAAACUAUUCCAAAUGAGCCGGAGACAUAUCGGCCACCUGUUGACCUGUACCCCUACCUGAGUGGUGUGGGGGAGAUUUACGAAGACCACAGAUGGCCCUUCCACUCUGAUCGGGUCCAGCCAGCGGACUUUGAGGGUUCCCCUGUAAAUCACCUGACGGAGCUGCAGGCGGUGUCUCCUCAGCAGCUCAUUCAACCUUUCCCCCUCAGCAGCGAGUCUUUGCACCUUCACCUUGAGCCCCCACUGGCUCCGCUCACCCUGUCAUCACAAAUCCCAUAUUACACCCCAUCCCUGUGCUACCAGUAUCCGCCCUUGGCCUCACCUCGACGUUACUACACGGAGGAGGAUCAGAGAGCCGUCAGUCCUCCGCUACAAGUGUCAGAGGGGGAGGAUGAGUAUGAAGACUACAACUGUUCCUUCAGGAAAGACCCAGGCAAUAAGAAGAAAAUCCGCCUGUAUCAGUUCCUCCUGGAUCUGCUUAGAAAGGGUGACAUGAGUGACAGCAUCUGGUGGGUGGACCAGGACAAGGGCAUCUUCCAGUUCUCCACCAAACACAAAGAGGCUCUGGCGACCCACUGGGGGGUUCAGAAAGGAAACCGCAAAAAAAUGACCUACCAAAAAAUGGCCAGAGCCUUGAGGAACUAUGGCAAAACAGGAGAGAUUAAAAAAGUAAAAAAGAAGCUAACCUACCAGUUCAGCGAAGAAGUGCUCAAGAACCUCUAUUUACGUCACUAUCAUCACUGAGAAAACAAAGGUUGUCUGUUAUAAUGCUCAGAUCACUAAAUUUCCCAACAUGCUGUUUUACUUGUAGAUUUGCAUAUUUUAUUUGUCUUUCUGACAUUGUUUUUAUUUAUUUGUAAUGCCGCAGUAUGUCUUUCCUUUUGGCAUUUGUUAACAUCCAUGAACACAAUUUUAUUUUCCUCCCAAAGUGUGUUUUUGUAUAAAAAUCUGACAUUAAAAAAAAAAACCAGAGAUAAUGUAGUUGUCUAAAUAUGUGUAAAUAAAUAUGUUGUGUGCUCAUGACAUACUGAAAUAACUUAAACACCGAAUAGACAAAUCCAAAACAUGUUAAUGUGCAUGUUUGAGUGGAUGUGGCUCGAAAAGUUUUGAUUGUUCAAACUUGGCAACAAAAUACUGUUUUAUUUGUGGUAUAAAAGGAAAAAGUAACAAAGGACAUAUUUUAAUGCAUUGCCUUGCUAAAGGAUUCAUACAACUUGAAGUCUUUCACUCUUCUCAUGUUGCACAAAAAACUCCAAUGUAUCAUUUGGGAAUUUAAUGGCUAGAACUGCAUAAAGUAGCACAUUAUUGUGAAGGAAAAGAAUGCUUUCAAUUUUUUUAAAUAAAUAUCUAAAAGGUG